AUGGCAUCCGGUGCACCACGAGCAUCGUCCCGAGCCAACGGCCAGGGCGACGAACGGCCCCGCGUCUCUACCCAUGCAAGCAACAGCUUCAAGAGCGAGCGCUCCGAGUCCAGCAAAGGGCCGUCACCUCGCCCAGGCGCCUUUCCGGGCACGCACAAGCGUACGGCGUCGGGGAACCCCCGGGCCACGAGCAGGAAUGUCGAGGAGCGCCGCUUCGAGGAGAGGAGGGUCACGGAGCGGACCUAUGAAGCGCACCUGGAGCGGGUGAUACCGCGGACUACGAGCCCCGAGAGGACGCAUCGCCGGGGCGUUCCCUCCGAGACGAGGGCUGCGCCGGACGCGCCCAGACACAAGACACCCGAGCUGAAGGUCAGAGCCGAGACCCCGCAAGCCACCCUACGACCUCACACCACCGCCCCCCUAGCUUCCCGAAUAUCAAUCCCUCCCCUGGCCUCGACCGUACCCCAGGCCCCGCAACCGAAACCGCUGAGUGAGCUGAGCCUAGAGCUGCAGGAAGCCGCUAUUGUGGAAGACCUCCUCUUUGUCUUCAUGGGAUAUGAAGGCCAGUAUAUUAGAUUCGCCAAGGGAUAUAACCCGAACGAGGAGAGAGACAGGUUAUCUGGACCAACGUUCAGGAUCCUGCCUGGUCUCGACCCCAGCUUACAGGAUUUGACCCAGUCCAUGUUGAAGAUGGCGACCUAUUACUCUGCACUCGAGGCCUUUGUCGACGUCCAAAGCCGUGAGGAGUUUGGCGCCGUCAACCAUGCACUUUGCGCAUCAAUACGCAAGUUCCUACAGGACUACCUUGUCAUGAUUGCCCAGCUAGAGACGCAGUUCUUGACCAGCGAAACAUUUACGGUCCAUGUGCUCAACAUUCACACCAUGCAGACGAGCCAGAUGAUGCUGCAGUUGUAUUCACUUGCCCAUGAGCUGCUCAAGAAGAACGCCUUGCUAGACGACUGGGCUGAGGAAGAAGAAUCCGACGAGGACGACUACGACAAGAUCAUCAAGAACCUGCAAGACGGAGGCGAAAUCAUGCCCGGCAACAUGACGGGAAAGAAGAUUUGCAAGGGCGGCGUUGUCCUCGGACUGAUCACCAAACGACUGGAGUCCAUGUCUGGCGACCCGUCGGCUCGGGCGCUUCUCACAUCCCUACUGCGCGAUGCCAGCAAACCCUACAUGGUUAUGCUCAACGAGUGGCUCCAUCACGGUGGGAUCCACGACCCUCAUGCAGAGUUCCUGAUCAAGGAGCAAAAGAGCAUCCGCCGCGAAAGGCUCGAACAGGAUUAUACCGACGAGUACUGGGAGAGGAGAUACACCAUCCUCGACCAGCAUGUGCCGCCACAGCUGGAGGGCGUCAAGGACAAGGUCCUACUGGCCGGCAAAUACCUCAACGUAGUUCGCGAAUGCGGCGGCGUCGACGUCAGCAAGGUCGUCAAGGACGUACCGGCGUCGUUCGACGACAGCCGCUUCCUCGAGAACGUCAACAACGCCUACGCUCACGCCAACGAGUCGCUGAUGCAGCUCCUCCUCACCACGCACGCCCUGCCCGCGCGCCUGCGCUCCCUCAAGCACUACUUCUUCCUCGACCCAUCCGACUACUUCUCCUACUUCCUCGAGCUGGGUGCUUCGGAGCUGCGUAAGCCCGUCAAGGCCGUUAACACCGGCAAGCUGCAGUCGCUACUAGAUCUGGUCCUAAGGCAGCCGGGAAGCAUCGUCUCCAUGGACCCUUUCAAGGACGACGUCAAGGUCGAGAAGAACGAGACUCCCCUGAUUAGGUCCCUGCAGCGCGUUGUCAACAUUACCGGCAUCGAGCAAGGCGAGGCGCUCCAGCCGCUUGCCAACGAACCGACUGAGAAGGACAAGAACGCCAUCGGCUUCACGUCGCUGCAGCUCGACUACUCGGUCCCCUUCCCCGUCUCUCUCGUCAUCAGCCGCAAGACCAUCUGGCGUUACCAGGCCCUCUUCCGCUUCCUCCUUUCCCUGCGCUACGUCGAGUCGCAGCUCUCGGCCACCUGGCAGACGCAAACACGAGGCAUCAGCUGGGGCCACAAGGGCACCCUCCGCAACCUCGAGAUCUGGAAGCGCCGCGUCUGGACCUUGCGCGCCCGCAUGCUUGUCUUUGUCCAGCAGCUGCUCUACUUUUGCACUGCCGAGGUCAUCGAGCCCAACUGGACCAAGUUCAUGUCGCGCCUUAAGACUGAGGAGGGGAAUGCCGGGUCGACGGGCUCCGGAGGCGUCAAUCGGACUGUCGAUGAGCUGAUGCAGGACCAUGUCGACUUCCUGGAUACCUGCCUCAAAGAGUGUAUGCUCACCAACAGCAAGUUGCUAAGGAUCCACUCCAAGCUCAUACAGACGUGCACCAUCUUCGCCGCCUAUACCAACCGACUCACACGCGAGCUCGAGAAAGCCGACCCCGACCUCUCUGGCUUCAAUAAGCCGCCCACCAUGACGGCUGAUCAGUGGAAGCGCUUCCAGAUGACAAAAGCCGUCCAGCGUUCCUCUACGGCCAAUCACGAUGCCUCAACCGCCUCGGCUCCUGGCGCCGACGCCGACGCCCGUAUGGAAGGCCUCUUUGAGAUCAUCAGAAAUCUGGAAGGCAGCUUUAGUCGCCACCUGCAGAUCCUACUCGACGCCCUCAACCACUACGCCGCUACCGAAACCGUUGUCCUACUGAGCUUGUGUGCGCGUCUGAGCACUGCCAACCAGGGGACUGAGUACGCAGGCUUGCGCCCCGAGGAGGAGUCGGUUUGA